CAACAGAGGUCGUAACAGUAAUUUAAGCUCAUUUUAAUGCGUUUCCCGCGCAAUGAUUUUCAGCUCAUCUCUCAUGUUGUAAUACGUAGAGUAUUGUAGAAAAUGUAUUCGAACCGUCGUUACGAUGAAAUUGAACCUCGUCCUGUGCCCAAACCCACACAGUUUCAAGAGAUAACUGCUAGGCCUGAGGUUCCAGAAUUAUCUCUUGUUUUUGAUAAUGAUAACUUGAAGAACAAUCCUAAAUUAGUUUCCAGUCAAACUAAACAAGAAACAUAUAACGAAUGGAAGAGUCGACAGGCCCAUUCGCCUGUCUUUAAACAAAAUCAUUACUAUAAUUCACAUGAGAACCCUUACUACGCAACAUCAUCUUUUAGUGAUUAUAACCAAUAUGCAUACAAUCGAAUGCCUAAUGAUCAAAAAACAACUUACAAACCAGAAAGAGAAUGUCAUAAAUGUUCAUUUCAAAACAAUAUUACUGUGAAAGAUAUAUAUACAAUGAUGCAAAUGCAAAAUGAUCAAAUUAAGUUUCUAUUAGAGACAAUUCAAAAGUUAUUAGCAAACAUAUUGACUAAUCAACAAACUUCUCACAAAUGUUGUCCUUUUAAUCAUGAAAACUGUGAAAAAAAUGAGAAAAUAUUUCAAAAAAAUGAAUCUCCACAAGAUAACUCAGAUAAAUCUGAUAUUUCUUCAAAAGCCAUCAAUUUAAAACAAAAUGAAAAAACACAGAAUGUAUUUAAAAUAAAUGAAAGUACUAAAAAAUUUAAUGAUACCAAUAAUAGUCCAAAGCCGUAUCAUUCAUCAGACCAUAAUAUUAAUGAAAUGAAUAAAAAUAAAAAAAUUUCCAAAUGUGACAAUGAAAAAGAACUAUGUAGAGAAGAAGAAAAGGCAAAUUCUAUUCAUAGUGAUGAAUCAUUCGAGUUAAAUGCAAAUGAUGUUAAAAUAAAUGAAAUUCCAAUGUCACCUGAACCAUCAAUUCAUAUUGAAAUGAAUUUGUCAUCUGAUGAGAGUAGUAGUAGCAGUGAAACUGAAGAGCAGAAUGAUAAAAAAAUUGAAGUAGGUUGGACAAUGUACAAUAAUAUCCUUGGCCAAGUAAAUAAUUUGUUAGGUGAUAAAAGUGAAGCUAAUUCUGAAACAAUAAAAUCAACAGAAACUGUAAAACCUGUAGUUUCUAAACCAAUAGAUUUUGAAUCUUAUAAAAAGUUCAUGUUAACAAAAAACGGUGAAAUGGACUCUAGUUUACAGAUGCAAGCAUUAGCAAUGCAAUAUUUAUCACCUGAACAAGCUAUAAAAUUUGAUAUGAACAAACAUUUUGUGCCUGUGUCACAGCCUAACAUACGAUCUACCAAUAAUUUCUCAUUUGCUACAUUACAAUACAUGGAACGUUACCAAUUAAUAAAACCCCAAAGCAAAAAUAACUCAGAGAUGAUCCCGGAAUUAUCAAAAGAAUCUUUGACAAAAAAGAAAAAGUCAUCUCGAAAAAAUAAAGUUCAAUCAAAAAUACUCAAUGUAACGGAACUUAAACAACAACCAAAGUUAUUAUAACUGAAUUUGUAUAUUAUACAUAUAUAUAUCAAAUAUUUAUAAAUUAGUUUUUUAUAUGUUUCGUCCUAAAUUUACAUUUUAUUUACAUAUGUUCAUUAUAUCUUAAUUAUUUUUUUUUAAUAAACAUUUUUUACUAUAUUA